AUGUCCCAAAAUCCUCCAAGAAGGCGUGUUCUUAAUAAAAUUACUUCACCCCAGCCACAGUCUCCUUCGUUAUUCUCUGCUAGUGAACAAGAAACAGAAAAUGAAAAGGAUAUUGAUUUUGUUGAAACUGAACAAGAAGAAGAUGUAGAUGAUGGAAUUUUACAAAGUGAUUGGGGAAAUGAACCAAAAGAACAAGAAGAUGUUCAAGAAAUUCCUUUGGACCAUGAUGUUCAUGGACAAAUGUAUAAUUCAACAAUGAUAGCAUUUGGACAACAGUUUUUAUCAGGAAAAGUUAUUACAACAAAAGAGUUAGUUGAUAUGAAAGAACGAAUUCUUUCAUCAGGACAACGUCUAGAAAAGAUCCCUUUAUGGCUUGAUGUAUCUCCACCAACAGAUGAAUGUGCAAACUCAUUAGAAGAAGUAUUUGGACUACACCCUUUAACUAUAGAUGAUUGGUUUACACCAGACACUCGAGAGAAAGCAGCAUUUUUUGAGAAUUAUUUUGAAAUAUCAGUUGUAGAAAUGAGGUAUAUGGAAAAUACUAAUAUAUUGAAUACCUAUCUUCUUAAUAUAGUUAUUAAAAAGAAUGUUAUCAUAACUGUUCAUUCAGAACCAAUUGCAGCCGUUAAUGAUGUUCGUAUAAAAAUCAAAGAUAAAUAUAAAGGAACAUUUCCAAGUGCUCAUUGGGUGUUAUAUGCUAUAUUAGAAUUAAUUAUUUCAAAUUUUAACUUGCUAAAUGAAAGACUCUAUUCAGAUGUUUAUAAUAUUGAACAAUUAUCAUUAGUAUUAUUAAGAGAUGAUCAAGAUGAAUUUCUUGGUAGAAUUGGUGAUUUAAAAAAAAGAGCGAGUUUAUUACAAUUUUUAGUUUCUCCAAAGAAGUCAUUCCUUAGAUUUAUUUUAAAAUCUAAAUCGAAUAUGGUAUCAAAGAAUUUAAAAAUUUAUUUAAGAGAUAUUCUUGAUGACACUGUAAGAUUAUUAGAAAAGUUAUCUUCAUUAACUCACUCAAUAGAAAAUCAUCAAGAAACUUAUUUAGCAAAAAUUUCAUUAAGUGUAAAUCGUUAUAGUGAAGAAGAAAACUUAUUAAUGAAGAAAUUUGGUGCAAUAGCAACAUUAUUUUUACCAAUGUCUUUUAUAGCAGCUUUAUUUGGAAUGAACGUGACUGUACCUGGACAAGAUAAUCCAAGUUUAGUAUGGUUUUUUGUAAUUCUUUCAUUAUGCUUAGUAUGGAUGAUUGUUGGUGUAAUCUUCUUUAAAAUAUACAAGUGGUUUUAA